UUCAAGUACGAGAGAGAGAGAGGGGCAAGAUGCGACGGGUCCGAUUUGGGCGUUGGAGCGGGAGGGGGAGGAGGCGACGAAUCGUAAGAGAUAUAUUUCAUCAUCAUCUGCAAGAGUUGCAGAUGGCCUGAAUUGCGCGGCAAAAGAAGAACGGAGCUUUUCCUUCACGUCAAAAAUCGCUCAAUUCUUUUCAAUUUUCGCGUCUCGGCCUCAGAUUCGAGCUCUGCGUUGCCCCAACGGACUUGGGUGGAGUUCGGAUCUGGCUGGCGCAAUGUGUGAUAUACAUUCUUGGCGUAGGUUUUGCAUAUAUUUUAAAUUUGUGGUGACGGUUAAUUCAUUUUCAAGGGGUUUUGCUUUUGAUCUGUUGUGCCAAUUGAGACCCAUUGAUAAGCUUUCUCUGUACUGAUUGGGAAUCUGAAACUGACUCCGUUGUACAACGACGGUUAAAAUCCUUUUUGGUUUCUGGUGGUUGGAAUUGGAAUGGAAUCUCCAAUGGUUCAGCUCUAUAGCUUGGAUUAAGGGAACAGUAAUGGGAGAAACUAAACUUUGUUCAAGUAAUUAUACCACCAAGGAACAGAAUCAAAUGGAAGACUGGUCAAAGUAUGCCCACAGUCCUGCUCAUUUGGCAGUUGGACGCCGCGAUCAUGCUUCCCUAAAAAAUAUUAUCUCAGGUCUCCCUCCCCUGGCAAAGGCAGGUGAAGUUAACACCGAGGACGAAUCUAUUGCAGCUGAGCUCCAAGCAGAUGCUGUAUCAGCUGUUAUUGACCGGCGAGAUGUUCCUGGCCGUGAGACUCCUCUUCAUCUUGCCGUGAGGCUUAGGGAUCCAGUUUCGGCUGAGAUUUUAAUGUGUGCUGGUGCCAACUUUAGCCUCCAGAAUGAGAACGGUUGGAAUGCUCUUCAAGAAGCCAUUUGCACCAGGCAGGAAAAUAUUGCUAUGAUCAUCACUCGGCAUUAUCCAUCUCUUGCGCGCGCAAAAUGGUGCCGUAGGCUUCCGCGUAUUUUGGCUUCAGCAGCUCGAAUUCGUGAUUUUUACAUGGAGAUAACCUUCCAUUUUGAGAGCUCGGUGAUACCAUUUGUUGGGCGCAUUGCCCCAUCAGACACAUAUCGAAUUUGGAAGCGUGGUUCUAGUCUCCGUGCUGACAUGACGCUUGCCGGCUUUGAUGGGUUCCGCAUUCAACGGUCUGAUCAGACACUUCUCUUCCUUGGAGAGGAAUAUUCAUCUGUUGAUGGAAAGAUAUCUUUGCCUCCUGGCUCUUUGAUUGUGCUUGUCCAUAAAAGGAAAGAGAUAAUUAAUGCUAUGGAGGGAGCUGGUGCUCAACCGACUGAAGCUGAAGUUGCCCAUGAAGUGGCCAUGCUGUCUAGAACGAAUAUGUAUAGGCCCGGUAUUGACGUUUCUCAGGCUGAGCUGGUUCCUCAACUGAAUUGGAGGCGGCAGGAGAGGAAUGAGAUGGUUGGAAAUUGGAAGGCCAAAAUAUAUGAUAUGCUUCAUGUGAUGGUAAGUGUGAAAUCAAGGAGGGUCCCCGGUGCUAUGACUGAUGAGGAGCUAUUUUCUGCCGAUAAUGAUGAAAGGAUUGCAAACGGUGUUGAUUUUGAUGAUGCAUUGACACCUGAAGAAAGAAGCCAAUUAGUUUCUGCACUUCAUGAGGGAAAUUUAGAUGUUCGUUGUGAGGAUGGGGAACAUAGGGAUCAGGAUUGCCAACAAAAUGGUCAUGGAAGUGCUUUUGAAAGUUCUGAAUCCAAUGGCAUCAACAAAGAGAAGGCAAAUUGGUUUGGUUGGAACAAGAAAAGCUCAAAGAACGGGGGUGACAAUCCUGAGGAUUCAAAGAUCUCAAAGAAGUCUUCACAGUUGACCCCAGAAGUUAGCAGCCAGAGGCCUAAUGAUAGUCAGGUAUCAUCUUCUGACUUUCAUCAGGAUGAUAGGGCUGAAGCUAAAAAGAGCAAAGAUAAAAGCAAACAGAAGAAAAAGAAGAAAGGGACUGCAACUGCAAGUGAGUCUAAGAUUGAGAGUGAGUAUAAAAAGGGCUUAAGGCCUGUUUUCUGGUUGACACCAGAUUUCCCUCUGAAGACAGAAGAGCUUGUGCCUUUGCUAGACAUCUUAGCCAACAAAGUGAAAGCUGUAAGGAGAUUGAGGGAGCUUUUAACUACAAAGCUUCCUCAGGGCACAUUUCCUGUUAAGCUUGCUAUCCCUAUUGUCCCAACUAUUAGGGUCGUCAUUACUUUUACAAAGUUUGAGGAGUUUCAGGCAACGGAAGAAUUCUCUACCCCACCCUCUAGCCCCGUUCACUUGGAAGAUGCAAGGUGCAAGGAAUCGGAGGGAUCCGCAUCAUGGGUUUCAUGGAUGAAAGGAAGCCGUGGUGGACAAUCAAGCGACAACGAGAGCCAGGGGGGACUUAGGGAUGAGAUUGACCCUUUCCACAUACCGUCUGAUUAUGCAUGGAUUGAUGCCCAUGAGAGGAAGCGUCGGAUGGAGGCCAAGGCCAAAGCCAAGGCCAAGGCUAAGGCCAAGGCCAAGAAGCAUAGGAAACAAGCAGCGGCUAGAAGUGGGGGUUGAAGAAGGGGCAUAUGAGUAGUGAGGAUGUGGAGUAGUGACAUUGGGUGGGUACACUACACACUUAAACUUCAUUUGUACUUCAGGGGCCGACUGGCUUGGCGGUAUAAUGGCACUGCUGCAAUGGUUGGUCGGUUUAGGGUAAAACUUGUGUGACACCUAGAAGAAGGCUAUCAUUCAUUCAUUCAUUGUGUUUCCAUCUUUCAUAUUUCAAUGUUUGUUGCUUUGUUGGCGAGAAGAGAAUGUCCUCUUUUCUAUUACUUGUUUUGUCAUAGAUUUUCUUCUAUUUAUUUAUUUCUUGUUUCCAA